AUGAAAAAAGUUUCUUCACUAUCCCCUUCAACAAUAUUCUGGGGAGGCCUCUUCCGGCCUCACAUAAAGCAAAAUCUAUUCUUCCUAUCAAGUUCUUUUGACUUUAAAGCUUUAUUAUUAUUUGAAUAUCAACAAGGAGGAUCUACUCACAACGCUCGAGAUUCUCCUGGUAAAAGAUUGGGAGUAAAAAAAUUUGGGGCUGAACGAGUUGUUCCAGGAAAUAUCAUUGUAAGACAAAGAGGAAAAAAAUUUUGGCCAGGAGAAAAUGUUUACAUGGGAAAAGAUUUUACCAUACAUGCAGAAGUACCAGGCUGGGUACAAUUUUAUGAUCAUCCAACACGUCAUAAUAAAAGAUGUGUUGGAGUAGUAUUACAUAAAGAUGACAAAUUACCUUAUCCCAAAACACAACCUAGAAAACGUUUAUUUGAUUUAAUAAAUCUAAAUGAUUAUUAUGAUGAAAAAGAGAGACUUAAAGAAAAAGCUAUCGAAAGAAUCGAACGUGAACGUAGGAGAGGUGCUUUGGUCACUUUGGAAAUUCGAGAUAACAUCAUAAUAUUAAAAGCAACAAAAUUCACUAAAAUUUUCAGUAUUAAAACUACCGAAACUACUAUUACUUCUACUCCUUCUACUCAUUCUAUACCAACCACACAAAUAUUUUCAAUAGAGAAUACUUUAUUAUCAUCUUAUCCAACUAAUUCAAUUAUUAAUUCACCAACAAUUAAUCCAACAAUUGAUUCAGCAACAAUUAAUCCAACAAUUAAUCCUAUUGUUAAUAAUGAUAAUAAUAAUAUUCAAAAAAAUGAUACUAAUUAUAUUAUUCUUUUAACUAUUAUUUCAUCAAUUCUUGGGAUAGCUUUGAUUGGAAGUUUUUUCGUGUGUUUAUUUCGAAAAAAAAGAUUACAUAAAUUUAUUAAAUUAGUAUCUCGUAAAUUGGAUGGUAAUGAUGGUAAUGUUGGUUCAACGAGUGGUGAUGUUCGACAUAUAACUUUUAUCAAUGAUAAAGAUGAUUUGAGUUCUGAAAGUUCUAAAAGUAUAAGUGAUAUAAAAAAUGGGAAUAUUAAAUCAUCAACUUCAACCGAAAACAACAUUAUUAACGAUAAAAAAACCAAUAAUGCCAGCGAUAACGACAAAAAAACCGAAAAGAAUAAUCCAACUAAAAUUAAAAAACUUCAUCUAAAACAUCCACCUAAAUCGCAGAAACAGUUGGCGAAUGGACAAGUAAUAAAUCUUAAGUUAGAUGAAUAUAUUCAUCAAACCCAAUUGAAUCCAUUGAGUGUUUAUGAUUAUUUUGAAUGGAUUCCAUUUAAUAGAAUUAUUGAUCAAAAAUUUACAACAAAUGGUGGAUUCGUUUCACACUUGAUGAGAUGUUAUGGAAUCACUCAAGAUCCAAAAAAACCGGACACAUAUACAUUAGUAAUGCCAUGGGCAAAGGAUGGUGACUUAAGUGUACUUCCCUUGAUGUUGAAACAGAAUAUCCGAGUUCUCAAAGAUACGCCAAAAGCAAUAAUUUCACUUUGGAAAGUAAUGACACUUUCAUGA